AUGUCUCGUGCCAAGGAGCGGCUGAAAGGCGGGAAGGAGACCAAGGACAGUGUUACUCUGCUGCCCUGUUUCUAUUUUGUAGAGCUCCCUAUCCUGGCCUCCUCUGUUGUCAGUCUUUAUUUCUUGGAGCUGACGGAUUUUUUCCAGCCGGUGCAUUCUGGGUACAGUUGUAAUGACCGCAGUCUGUCUCUGCCCUACAUCCUGCCUAGACAGGAAGUCUGUCCACUGCCUCUGCUCUUCAGCCUGGCCUUCGCUGCUCCCACUGCAACUAUUCUUAUAGGAGAAGCUAUUCUGUACUGCUAUUUAUCCAGGAGGUCAACGGCCACCCAGACUGAAGCCAACAUCAACGCUGCAGGCUGUAAUUUCAACUCCUACAUUCGCAGGGCUGUACGCUUUAUAGGCGUCCACAUCUUCGGCCUGUGUGUGACAGCAUUGAUAACUGACAUUCUCCAGCUGUCCACUGGUCAGCACACCCCCUACUGGCUGGAUGUGUGCAAACCCAACUUAACCCACAUUAACAUGUCGACCUGUGAUGAGGCCUUUAUACUGGAGGAUAUCUGCUCUGGACAAGACAUCAGUCUCAUCAACGCCGGGAGGAAGUCUUUCCCCUCCCAACAUGCAACUCUGGCUGCCUUUGCUGCUGUCUACAUCUCAAUGUACUUCAACACGGUGCUGACAGACUCGGCUAAGCUGCUAAAGCCUCUCCUGGUGUUUUCUUUCGUCAUGCUGGCCAUCCUGGCUGGGUUAACCAGGAUCAUCCAGUUCAGAAACCACCCUGUGGAUGUCUACUGUGGAUGGUUACUGGGAGCAGCCAUCGCUGUUUAUCUGGGUGUGUAUGCGGUGGGGAAUUUCCAGCCCAGUGAAGAUCGGUCCAGAAGUCGACCGCCUCCCCCCACAUUGAGAGAACCCCCCCUGUCUUCUCUCCCCAAUGUCAGCCAGUCAGCAAUCAGCAACAGCCACCAAGGCCACCACACCCUGGCUCCCAGCCAACCAGAGCCCAUCAUCACAAGGACCUCAUCCCACACCUUAUCCCCCAACCCCGAGCCCAUCCUCACACGAAGUUCCUCUUACCGAGAGCAAUCUCUGAGCAAUCUGAAGAGAGCCAGCGCUGAGGUGGAGGUGAUAAGUCCGUCCAGUCCCCUAGGCAACCGUGACAAUAUGAUGACCUUCAGCAGCAGCACACUGCCGAGGUCCCAUGGAGGCUCCUCCCUGGAGGAGGGCCGUAUUCCUCGGCGUCACGCCUCCAUCCACACCUCGAUGGACUCGACCCGAUCCAAGCAGCUCCUCAGCCAAUGGAAAAAUAAGAAUGACAACAGGAAGCUGUCCCUGCAGGUGAUGGAUGGAAUUAGACCAACCUCCUCCUCUUCUCCUCAGAGGAACAUGGAACUGCGCUGCUCCUCUGAACCUUCUGCUAUGGGCCUGGAGGCAGAGCUCCGCGCUAUACACCUGCCUUUAUCCAUUGGCCAGGAAUCAGAGCUGCGUGCUGGGGGUCACAUCCCAGCUCAGUAUAUGAAACUAGCCGCUAGCUCUGUUCCUAUGGCCAAUCAUAACCACAUGACCCACAAUGGCAGCACAGGACUGGCUGGCGGGGCCAGAGUGUCCAUCCAGUCCCGACCCGGAUCCUCCCAGUUGGUUCACAUUCCUGAGGAGGAAAACCUCACCUGCAGGGAUCAGGAGAGCGAAUCAGAAGACAGCAUUAUGGACGGGGGCGGGUCAGUGAGAGAAAAGUGGCUGAGAGUGGCGGAGAAGACCACCAUCCCCUGUAGACCACUCAGUGCUGGAGGACAACCUCGUCUUAUGCAGGUGAUAGCCUUAUCCAAACAGCAGGGCCUGCUCCACUCUCCUCGGUCAGAGGAUGGUGGCAGCACUGUCAGCUGCACAGGAUCCAUCCGGUACCGAGCACUGACGGACCAGGACCCGUCACCACCUGCAUCCACUACCGGAGCAGUGGGAGGGGGAGGUUUGGAAAGAUCAGGUAGUAUAGUCCGUGUUGAAGCCCACCCAGAGUCAAGAGGAAACAAACCAGUGGUGAAACCUCCAAGCACUGACGGAAGUGGCUCUUGGCGAUGGAAACCACCAGAUCAACGACCGUCACUCCGACAGUCAGCUUUCAACCUCAAUGACCUGAACAGACAUACAGACAGCUGUGAUUCACUGAGGGAUGGAGGGUCACUGGACGGACGGAGGAGCGUGACAGGGACCGAGACAGAGAGUGAAUGUGGAGGGGAAGGUGGUGGAGGAGGUGUAUACAGCAACCAUCCACAUGUUGUACAUCCUUUACAUCCAUUGCAUCCCAAUAACCCCAGCAACUACCAGCACCCCAACUUCAACCCCAACAACCCCAAUUUCAACCCCAAUUUCAACCCCAACUUUAACCCCAACUUUAAUCCCAACAACCCAAACUACAACCCCAACAACCCCAACUUUAACAAUGUUCACACUAACUUCAACCCCAACUCUACCAAUUCCACUAUGCCGUAUACUCCCACCCCCAUCUUUGCUCCUCCGUUCCACCCCCACCCUCAGGCCAUCACUACCAUCAGGGUCACCCCGGUGGAAGGGACAGCUGCCAGCAGCGACGGUGGCUCAGACUGUCAGUCGGUUGCCUCGUCCAGCCGUGAGUCCACCCUAAGAAGGAAGAGCGGCAGCAACAUUGUCCACAUCCCCGAUCGAGGGCCCACCCCCGACCUCCACAACAACCACCAUCUCUGUGAUGACAGUAACCGCCUCGACAAUGAGAGCAGCAACCGUUUCCACGAGAACCUUCGAAGUUUUCAAGAAAACCCCAUGCACCCCAAUCACCCCAACAGGCAGAUGCAGGGGAUGUAUGGCCGUCCAAGCCCAACUCCUCCCCCUACCUUACCCCGCCCUAUCCUGACUCACACUCCACCUCCAACUCUUGGCUUGGCCUAUAAAGAAUGA